AUGGCACCCCACCUACCUCUCGAGAUCAGACUCAUGGUCUACAAAUACGCAAUUGAUUACUACGAGGUGCAAUGGACGAUGACCCAAGAGUUUACAUCAGGGUUCGUGUUACUGCGAGGCGACCUAAGCAANAGUAGACAGCAAGCGCAAAAACGCCUUCGCCCGUUGAGUCUCUUGAGAGUCUGCAGAUUGGUUCAUCAGGAAAGGCUCCCAAUUGUUUACGACAGGAUACGAUUUGACAUCACCUUCAGAUUUUGGUAUCAAGAGGAUCAAGAACGUCUCAGAAGCCAUUUGCGUACCAGAUACCAUCUUCAGCUGACGAAUGAAAAGAGCCAGCCCACUCACGGUCUGACCCAAGUAGUUCUUCAACGUGUCAAGCACGUUUGUGUGUCCAUGAAUGAAAGGAUACCGGCUGCGUUGCUCUCGCGAAUGCACGUCCUAAGCACUUGCCUACGUCACGGAAAGGACCUCGAGUCGCUUCGCUUCGUUUCCAGCAGCCGCAUGGCUUCCCCAGAUGAUAUUUGGAGUCUUGCGAGUGUGUUGUACUUUGACUCGUACAAAGGCGCUGCUGUUCUGGAAUCCCUCUACGACAAAGUUACGGAACGGCACAUUGCCGAGAUCAAAAGGUUCCAGAAGGGUAAGAUUGAGCUUGAGGAUUUUUGGGCCGCGGAUGCUGACUUUUUGUAG